AUGGCCAAAGACAAGCCUUCCGCGUUACUCGCGCUACCAGCAGAACUACGACUUCAGAUCUACAGCAACCUUCUCACCGAAACCCUGGAAAAUGGACGCACCUCCGAUGUCGGUGCUCUAUACCUAGCGUCCCGCACAACCUAUUCGGAAAUGAAGCCACUCGUCUCAACAGUCCAAGUAGCCCUCGACCUGAAGCGCGCCUGGGACCACUCUAGACGGCUCAGAGGCGAAGUCAGAGGACGGCUGUGCUUCCAAAUCCCAUCCUCACACACGUACAUCAAUCCGCUCACUGAGUUCGCCAUCACCGCACCGCGCGAUCGCAAGCGCAGAAACCCCGUUCAAAGGACUAAGCACAACAUGCUGCGUCGCACGGAAGACUUUGCGGUUUUCGGCCUUCGUCUCCUCCUCUGCCCUUUCGGUUUCGGAGUGGAACGUCGAUAUACCAAUAAACAACUCCUCGCGUCUAGCGAUUUCUUCUUCCGCACCUUCUACCAGAUAUGGGGAAAAGAGUUUUUGGAGAAGGCUAGGCUGAAGAGAUACAUUGAUCGGUUAACCUUUCAGAAAGAUUCCCACGUGGAGGAUAGAUUCAUUGUGAAGAUUGUGCACGGGAAGCAGUAUGGGGGCGUGUAUCUUCCUGCGUCUGGAGCUUUUUAUGGUCCGUGGUGCUUUCUUACUGAGGGGUCGACGAAGAGGCUGUGGGGAGUGGAUUUUAGGGGCGGAUUGAAGCUGCCGGGGUGGAGGCAUGAGCGUAUAGAUUGGUUUAUCAGGGGUAGUGCUAUUUGA